AGCCAGAGUCGCACCACAGCCUUUCAUAUAUCGAUAGGCAGUGCCCUGAAAUCGAAAUCUGCUUAUAAAUUUUCAAUUAUAAUGAGCGGCUCGCAAUUAUUCCCAGUGAAUCUGAACAACCUGAGUGCCAAGGAGCGACACAACUAUAUACUUAGUAAUUACGUGCUCAACCUACCGACGGAGACGGAAUCCCGUCGCCACAAGCGGGACAUCGAUGUAAUCCGAGAGAAUCACCGCUUCCUGUGGGAGGACGACGAGUUGGAUAGCGACACACUAAGCUGGGAGCAGCGCUUGGCCCUGCGAUACUACAGGAAGCUAUUCAAGGAGUACUGCAUCGCGGACCUGUCCCGCUACAAGGAGAACAAGAUAGCGCUGCGCUGGCGAACGGAACAGGAGGUGGUCACCGGAACCGGGCAGUUCCAGUGCGGCAGCCGGCAUUGCAGGGAGCGGGAUAAUCUGCGCAGCUGGGAGGUAAACUUUAGGUACAUCGAAAAGGGCGAGCCCCUAAAUGCGCUGGUCAAGGUGCGGCUGUGUCCCACCCACACGGAUCAGCUGAACUACCGCACCAAGAAGAGAGAGUGCAAGAAGCAGAGACGCAGGGAAAAGGAGGAACGUCGCGCUGAAAAGAAACGUAAGCGUCGAAAGCUCGAUGUUGAUCACGAAAGUUCUGGCGAAGAGGAAGAGGAGACUGUCGAACCAGCAUCCGAAUCCCAUCCAGAAGCCAGUAAGGACCCCACAGACGCAAAGGAUGCCACCACAGCAGACGACCAGAUUUGGCAACAACAACCCGAUAUUAGCCGAGAGCAAGCCUCCAGAGAGCAGGAAUUCGAGCGAUAUCUAGAGGAUCUCAUUUUUUAAAAUACAUAGCACAUUUAUUUGGAUUCAACGUA